CAAAUUUCCUACGGCAUGAAUAAACUAAGAAAACGGAAUGCUAAAAUGCAACAGGAGCUCAAAGAAGCGGCGAAAGACAUGCGAGGCUUAUCUGCCGAAAGCUUGUGUACGGUCGUAAGCAACAGCGUUGGUCCAAUAGUGGCACAUCCGUCUGCUAUCCCGAGCAAACCUUCCAUUAGAUUUGAUGCUCACGAUGGGGUGGUCAGUGCCGUGAAAUGGAGCCCAGUGGACCGCGUGGUAGCCACCGGUGGCGAAGAUCGCAAGGUUAAAUUAUGGGACGUAUCCAAAGGUGUUGCCGAGUGUAAAGGUAUGUUAAUUGGCAGCAAUGCCGGUGUUAUGUCAGUCGACUUCGACAGUACUGGAGGACAGAUUGUAGCUGCGUCUAAUGACUUGGCAUCUCGUGUUUGGACAGUCAGUGAUCAACGUCUUAGGCAUACGCUCACCGGACACUGCGCCAAAGUGAUGGCCGCCAAGUUCAUGGGCGAACCGAACAAAGUGGUAACCGGCAGCCACGACCGCACGUUGAAGAUAUAUGAUCUUCGCAUCAGAGCGUGCGUCGAGACCAAGUUUGCCGGGUCCAGCUGCAACGACCUGGUAACGUCCGAGACUAUCGGCACGACCAUCAUCAGUGGCCAUUUCGACAAGAGAAUACGGUUCUGGGACACGAGGACCGAAACGCCGCAUACGGACAUCGAAGUCCAGGGACGGGUCACGUCUUUGGACUUAUCCAGAGAUUGUAACUACCUAUUGAGUUGCGUACGAGAUGAUACCUUGCGGCUUAUCGACCUCAGGACAAACAAAAUAAUCAACACAUUCGAAGUCGAUGGAUUCAAGGUGGGCUGUGACUGGACGAGGGCCGUAUUCAAUUUGGAGUAUGACCACGUAGCUGUUGGAUCGUCCGACGGUUCAGUAUUCAUUUGGAAUGUGACAAAACCAGGAAGACCUUUGGUCGUUUUGAGAAACGAACAUAGUUCGCCAGUAACGGCUGUCUCUUGGCAUCAAUUUACCAACCACGUUGCCAGUGUGGACAGAUCUAGAAGAGCCGUUGUAUGGGCUGAUGUAUAAGCUGCCGUGGACACGCGUCAAAUGCUUUUUUACGCUUGACAACAAAAUUGUUUUAUUUUAUUUUUCUAAUUUUAAGCUAUUUUUUAUGAUAACUUAGUAAAGUGUAAAUUUUUUAUUUUACUUUGAUUAAUACAUUUUAAUAAUUGUCAGCUAUGCGUACAUCAUAUUAUGAUAUAUAAAUUAUAUUUUUUUAAAGGUAUUCAAAACACGUUAAUAGUUUUAUAUUAUAAACGUUUUCAAUAAAUAUGUUCCAGUUUUUUUACGUAUGACUCUACUGUCUCCUGCUAUAAUAUUAAGUGCGCCAUCUGUGUGAACAAUUCAAUGAAUGAUCAUUUGCCUGCAGAUAGCGAUUGAAGUCUUUAGUCGGCGGCCGUGAUAUACACCACCCUCUUGCUCUUGCAAAACGUAUCUGGCAGUUUUUUUAUUACAAAGCUGAUAAGUAUUAAUAUUUAUGUGACUUAUAUCAUUUUCUUUCAACUGCCAAGUUAAAUUGUGAUAUAAAGGAACAGCUCUUUUAGGAAUCUAAAUCGAAUUAUACUAUCAAACAUUCAAAGAUGUUUUCAAAGUUACUGACAAGUUUUCCGGUAAGAAAUUACGUUUGAGAUAAUCUUAUGGUGUACUGCUGUUGUAAAGGUUCAUAAGUACAUAAGUUGUUCUUUACAUUAUAAUAGUUUCUCAAGUCUAAAAUGAAAUUAUAUCAACAGUAAAAUAAUUAUUCCUCAUUAUUUCAUAUGAAAUAUAUUACCGAAUAUUUAUCAUUUUUUGAUUGUCGGAUAUUUAACCUUAAAAAUUUUCAAGAGUAUUGUUCACCAAAUACUUUAGUGACAGUCAAAACCUUUACAGUUGUAGAGUUCAAAUUCAUUGAACACAACUUAAAGCCUGUUAAAAAUUUAAAUACUCUUAAAAGGUACAAACAAAACGUUCUUUGUUAGAUUUAAUUUGUUACAACGAAACAUCAACUCCCCGGUGACAUGUCAAAAACUUAAAAGAUAUCCUUUUCCAUGCGGAAAAAUGCCAACUACUUUUCAACGAAGAUAAAUAUAGUGUAGCAACUGCACUUCGCGGCACGGCGAAAGAGCAAUUACCACUUUCCACAACAAAUUGUUAAGAAAAAUACGUUUAUAAAGGCUGGGUAACAAAAAAGUACUUUAGGUUAAAAACAAACAAAAUUUUCGUAUUCGAAAGUUAUUGAUCAAGAAAAAUAGCUUUACGAACCAUGUCAACAUAUUUAAGGAGCCUAGUAUAGGCAUUUUGUUAUACAUAGAUGAAUUGAAUUCCGUUGAAAUUACACCCUUCGAUAUUCAAGCUGAACUAUUUCCCAUUAUUUUUAUUCCAUUAUCAUUUUGAGUGUCGUUGAAACAAAUAGAUAUUCUUUAUGAUUUUUAAACGUUUUGGCAAAAAUAGUGUAUUAUGAGUGACUGAAGUACAAUUAUAGUCUGUAAGUAUGCUAAAAGUCACGCUAUUUGCAAUUAUUGAGAUAAAAGUGUAAAAAAAUGAGAUUGUUGGCCAGAUGAAACUUUAGCGUUUACUCUUAUCAUUUUUAAGAGCAGGAUUAUUUUUUUAAAUAGAUGAAAAUUCAGAACUUUACUAUUCAAACUUUAUAUGACGUGCAAUCAAUCAUACAAUCGUUAAAAUAAAAUUAACAUUGCUGUACGAGAGGAAGAUUAUAGUGCACAAAUCAUACCUAAAUAAAUAAAUCAUACUUUAAAUAAAUUAAAGUAAAAUCUAGGUCAACUGGACUAAAAAAAUUCCCACGUGUACUACCCACACAAUAAUUAGCUUCAUUUAUAUUUAUGAAAAAAUUAAUCGAUUUUGAACUAAAAGGAUUCACAAAAAUGACAUUUUUAUAUUUUGAACAGCAACUAUAAUGUUAAUUAUUUCUGUUUGAUAUAAGUUCGCAGUUUUUUAUUUUCGUCUUAUGGUUUAUGGGACAGACAAAAGUGAAGCGUGGAAGAAUAAAGAUUCGUAUGAUCUUAGCACAUUAUGUAAACAGUAUCGGUUAAGAUCAAUAAUUGCUCUUAGACGUUUGAGUUGAAAUUAUUUCAGAUUAAAAGAUCAGCUACGUCCCUCGACGACAUAACUAUUUGAACACCAAGACAGCGUGUUACAUUUCUAUCUGCGAACUCAUGUUUACCACGUACUCUAUGCCCGCCAGGCGUCCAUAACGCAAUAGUAAUUAGAUUGUUUUUUUAUUAUAGCGUUGAAUAGCUAUAAGGUAAAUUUCUAGAGUAGGUACUCGUGUCUGGAUGAGACCUCACAAUAUAAUUGCAGAAACAUAUUCUAGGCGUUAAAUGUAAAAAUACCUCGCCGCUUCCAUCGCAGUAUAAUAGUGUGGAAUGAACGCCGUGACUUUACGGGCACGUAAAAUUGCUCACGUAUGAAGUUUUGUCAAUCGCUGGCCUCUGUUAUAAUAUUAUUAUCAUUACCUUUGAUUACGUGACCCAUUGAUGAAUGCGUUUUGCGAAGACAUAUCCUUGGGCACCAGUGUCAUAUAAGAGGAGAAUUGUCGGUAUUAUAUAUAGUAAUCGAGAGCUGCAGUGUUUAUUUUACUGAUCCUACCGGAACUUAAAUUAAUACGAAUUUAUUUUGCGAUGAUAUCCAAACAAUACGCUGUGAACCUAUUUUGAUUCCAUCGUUUAUUUUAAUUAUAUCAUGAAUUGAAAUGUGCCAUUCGUAAUUUCAAAAAAUGUGACACAAUUCUUUUGUUUGUUAAAAGUUGUUCGCUUUUUUUUUUUUUUUGACAACCGACGGGUCAAUUGUAUAAUCCAGUGCGAAAAAUACACUGUGUAGUUGCUGCUAUGACAGUAAGUAUAUAAUUAUUUUACCGCGUAAAACUGAUUUAGUCGAAAGAACAAAAAAAAAACAA